AGAUGGCAGCAGGUCCGUGCUCGUCGUGAAGUGACAGCUCGGGAACUGUCAGCGGUAUGCGCACCGCCGCGUUUCUGCUGCAAAUAAGAGUUUUCUAAGGUGACGAAACGACGGGCUGUGAUCCCCGCGUACCGUUCCACACCUCUGAAAAUCGAAUCGGUCCAUGAGAAAAGGUUCCGGCUGUGUAAAACGCGAGACAUUGCACGGAACGGUGGGUGUGCACGCAAGAGGGAACGGCUUGCCGGCUCGGCCAGUCUACUGGAAGAUUCCAUUGUGAGUGGGCUUUCAAAAAGUUUUAUCUCCAGAAAGUUAGUGUUUUUGCGAGUUCUGUGGUUCACCCGUCGAUGAAACCUGUACACCAAGACGUCCCAUGGAUUAACUCGACGACAGUGAACCCCACGGAACCAAGGACAGCCCACCCCAACUGGAAGCACAUUCGGAGAACUCACCAGCGAGGAGCUUGCGUUACGAUGUAAUGAACAAUGUAACACGUUGCCGUUGAAUCAAACAGCAACAACAGCCGCGAGCAGCAACUACUCGUUUUAUUGUUGUAUCCGAGAGCCGGAUCAGUUCAUAAGGAAAGGACUUCCACGUGCCAACGGGUUUAUAUCGCAACGGUUAGUUUCCAUAAAAUCUUAUCGAGAGGCAAAGCUACGAGGCACAGUGGUGUCGACGGGGGACGCCGGGCCCAGUCGAGGGUUAAUUAAACUUAGAAACGAGUGAAAUAUAGACGAGAAAUAUCGAGGCGAAAAGUGAAACGAGAUGUACAGGGAUCCGAACAAUUCCUCGGGAAGCGGCACCUCCACAAAGGGCGACGAGGUCGAGAUCGUUAGCAGAUUUUUAGCGCCUUUAUGCGCUAGAGAUGAGACUGCCAGAAACAUCGCCUUGGCGGCGGCCCGGAACACGGUCGAGGGAUGGCUCGGUGGGGUUGGCAGUCCGAAUCAUUGGGAUGACGCCGGCGAGAUGGAGGACGCCGAGACUGUCGGGGGAAAGUUCAAGAGCCAGGAUGGCAGAUACGACAUGGGGAUCGAGCGGUCGCCGACCAAGUCCGCGCCAAAGAACGUGCAGCCCCUUCAUCCGCAGCAGUUGCUGCAGGACACGUUUAGGACGGAGGGUUUCUUCCCCCAGAGCGUCACUGAGAACCCAGCGUUCCUGGAGGACAGCAGCCUAGAGUGCUCGGAGACGUAUCCGUUGGGCUCGUUCGACUGCGUUGACGGCCGGCUGGUCAACGAGACUAGCUACGGCACCCCGAGCGAUAGGAGACGGUACGACGUGGACAGCUACAGGUCCGGGCACUCAACGUCGUCCGACGAAGGGAAAGGCUUCAAGAUCGAGUCGCAGGACAGGUGCCAGAGGUUCAAGGACACGUCGGAGACGCGUUUCGGCUCGAGCAGCGAGAGCGAGAGAAAGUACAUCGGGUCCUCUUCUAGCGAGAGGCUGAACGACGUCUGUCUGGAGGACAGAUCCAGGACGAAGAACUACGUGAAAGUGAAAGGAGCGAAACAGAAGCAGCUGGAGGAUGACGAGCUGGACUCUGACACUAGGAUCUACGGGAAGAGCCCGAAGUUCGACGACAACUUUGGGGCGAACUUCGACCGUAGGAGCUUGAACUUCUCCCGACCGAAGGGUGACCUGUUGGCACGCGAUCGCAGGUGCUACGACAGCGCGGACGACGUCUCUUUCGACGAGACCGAGAUCACGAUCAGACACCGCGAUGGUGUGGUGUUCAAUACGCUGGACGGGUUUGAGAACGAAAACGCGAACGACAUUUAUCACAGACAACCAGACGAUAACCGCGCCGAGGACAUGAAGUUGGAGAACUUCGAGAUCUAUCCGUGCGACGAGGAGUGUCUCGAUGAUCGUCAGCGUCGUCAGUGUACCGAGCAGCCCCAGGACUAUUUGCGGAAGAACGACGAGAGGAAGUUCAGCGCUGGCCAGAUCAAGAGACCGCUCUCGCAGGACGAGGAUGUCUCUUCGAAAAGCGGCAGGAUCCUCGAGAGCCCAGACGUCACCCCCGGAGACGUCGGCAGGAUGCUCAAUCUCGGGAACGCUCUGGAUGGGCCCAGACAGGCUCAAGCCAACAAGUACUUGAGUCUGGUCACGCUGCAUCUGCCGGUGAUACUCAGGCUCAGCGUCAACUGCCCCUUUCAGAAUGUAAGAAUCAAGUGCGCCGAGAUCCUGGAGAUGGUCAAGGAUAGAGGACUUCCAGUCCCAGUGCCGGCUUUCGAUGGACCUAGCAUCUUCGUUCCUACGUCUGAGGUAAGUACACUUUGCAAUACGUCCUGUAUCUAUUACUAUUUUUAUUAAAUGUUGCAAUGUUUG